AUGAAUAAUAUCGCAAAUAGCACGUCGCCCGUGCAAGAUGGCAUGGAGAAUAGGAGUGAAGUAGAACAAUAUAAUGAAAAUGAAGAAUUAUUUCUAGUGGAUGGGGCCGAAGAAAAUACUAACCUACAUACAAAAAAAAAAAGAUAUCGUGAUGAGGAUGAUGGAGAAAUUUGGACGUUAGUGUCUAGAAAUAGCAAAAGAAGGUAUCGUAGAACUGAAUCAGAAAAAAGUACAGAAGAAAUAGACGGUAAAAUAGAAGUUUGUAUUACUAGUAAAGAAAAAAUUCCUAAGCAGAUAGAACUAGCGAGGUUCUUAAAAGAACAAAAUAUAUCAAAUAUAACAAGAGUUAAAUAUGCAACACCUUAUAAAAUUUUUGUUUUAUUUGAUGAAGAAAGCGAUGCAGAUAAAUUGUUGACUUCUACAGCGCUCCAGGAAAAAGGUUGGAAAUGUUACAAAACAAGUGAAGUUGGAUUUUCUUUUGGAAUUAUCAGAAAUAUUGACUUAGAAUUGUCCGAAAAAGAUGUACACGAGAGCAUUGCGACGGAUUUAGAGAUAGCAUCGGUUAAAAGAUUAUUUCGUAGAAAUGAUGAAACUGCUGGUUGGACUGAAAGCGAGACAAUUCGCCUUUGUUUUAAAGGAUCCUCCUUACCAUCACAUAUUUUCAUAUAUGGCUUAAAGGUAAAGGUUGAACCAUACGUGUUUCCGGUGACUCAAUGUUCCAAAUGUUGGAGAUUCGGCCACACCCAUAAAUAUUGCCCUUCAAAAAUUAUGAUAUGCCCCAAGUGCACAAAGAAUCACAGCAAUUGCGAAACAAACCAAUUUAAAUGCAUUAACUGUGGUGGACAACAUAUGUCGUUAGUACGAACAUGUCCGAUAUUCCUUAAAGAAAAACGAAUUAGACAGUUAAUGGCAGAGUUUAACUGUACUUUCAGAAAAGCGACGAUGAUGUAUGUUCCCCCAUCUCCUCAACCAGAUAAAGAAAAUAAUCUGGACAUAAAUGAGAUCUUCCCUGCACUUAGUAAAUAUCAAGAGCCAAUCAUAGUCCCGAGUGAAACACAAAGCUUUUCAGAAAUAGUAAAGUCAGCCAAAAAAUUAAAUUGUGAAGAUAGUCAAAAGAAAAGUAAAAAAAUAUAUAAGAAAAACAUAAUGCAAGAAAAGAACAUUCAGUCACAAAUCACUGUGGACUGGGACAUGUCAACAAAUUCGGAUUCAGAAACUAAUAUAGAGGCAACACCAAAAUGUCCAAAGGAAAGGAAAAAUAAUAGUAGUAGUCAUAUACCUUUUAAACAACUCGUAGAAAAACUGAAAAACAUUAUAUUUAUACGAAGAAUAUCUCUAAAGGAGAAAAUUAUAGAGGCUUUAACAAUUAUAUGGGAGUGGCUAAUUUCUUUAUGCAAGACCAAAGUUUUAGAGUUACCAAUAUUUAAAAAUAUAUUUGAAUCUUUACAUGGAUAG